UGACUCCCUCGUCUUCUUGUUCAAAACAAAUUAUUCCCUCCUCAAUUCUCAAAUCUGUUUAAAGUACACGACUCUUUGCGGCAACGUUCUAAUCAAUCGGAGAAGAAGAAGUCACAACUCCACGACGGCAACAGCGAGGUUUUUAUCUGAAUAAUUUCUGAUUCAGUUGAUAAAAUUAUGAUUCAAACAAAGACAAGGAAGGGAAGCUGUGGUAUUGAAAUGAGUGAAGACAAAUUGAGUGAUUUGCCUAAUUGCAUUCUCGUUCACAUUUUGUCAUUUUUGAACAUUAAAGACGCUGUUCGAACUUGCAUUUUGUCCAAAAGAUGGAAGCAUAUUUGGAAAUAUAUUCCCACUCUUACAUUGCAUUACUCGAACUUUUCCACUUUGAAGAGUUUUGACCAAUUCGUGUCUAGGGUUUUGUCUCUUCGUGAUAACUCAAUUGUACUGCACGCCAUUGAUUUUGAUCGUAAUGGUAGUAUUGCGCCUGGAUUUCUUAAAAGGGUUGCAUAUUAUGUUUUAUCCCACAAUUUCAAGCUGCUUCGACUAGGAAUUGAUGUCAAAGGUGAUAUUGGUCACAUUCUGCCUUGCAUUUCAUCAUGUCAGACUUUAACGUCACUUAAGCUAUCAAUUUCACCUAAAGGUCGUUAUAAUUUUGGGAGAACGUUGUUUCCUAAAUCACUGAAUUUACCAGCGUUGACAUGCUUGCAUCUAGGAAAUUUUGUCUUUUGUGCUGGUGACGAUGGCCAAAUUGAGCCCUUUUCAGCCUUUAACAAGUUGAAUAGUUUGAUCAUUGAUAAUUGCACGGUGAAGGAUGCACAAAUCCUGUGCAUAUCAAGUGAGACACUAGUCAGUUUAACUAUGCGUAAUCAUUCUUUCGAUGUUUACCAAAUUGAGCUAUCUGCUCCAAGUCUUUGUAUCUUUUCUUUUAUGGGAACUCCUUAUCAGAAGUUCUGUAGAAGCGGUCUUUCUUCUGUUAAACAAGCAAACAUUGAUGCGGAAAUGUUGGCAAAUUACACUGUGCCUCCUUUGGUGCUACUCAGGUUGCUGUACGAUCUUGCUAAUAUAAAAUCAUUGACAGUCUCUGCAAGCACUCUUCAGGUUCUCUCCUUUGUUCCUGACUUUUUUAAGGAUAAGCAGCGAUUACCUUCAUCCUUUAUGCGUAGCUUGAAGUCACUGAAAGUAAAGCUGAAACCACUUUCAUAUGAAUUAUCCAUGGCAUUGAAAAUUUUCAAGUUAGAAAAAGAAUUAAAAGCAGGAUUCGAACCAUCUUCACUCAUACCUGAUGGAAUCCUGGACCUUUUGCUCCAGAACUCGCCGUCGGCAGAUGUUGACAUCGUAGAAUGCUCAAGGAUUGAUGACUCCUUUAACCAUCUAGCUCCGCUCUCAUCUUCGCUUUAUCCUGAAUUCCUUCAGCCUUCUUCUAAUGAGCAUGUUGUGCAUGGCCUGCAACGGCGGGUGUUUUACCUAAAGCAAGUGCAAGAGCAGACAGAAACAUAUAUUGAUAUAGCAAUGGAGGCGAUAGUUCGGGAGAGGGAGGAGAUGCUGUCUUUCAAAGAGCAUACCAUGAAAUUGUCAAAGACCAUUGAUGUCCUACGUACAGCCACAGGUGCAUGAGGCCAUGAGGCCAUGAGGCCAGGUGGACGAACACGACUUGAAUUCUCCCAUAAGUCACAGUUUUGUGUGUAUGUGAGUGCAUUUUUUUACUAUAAUACAUUCUGAGAUGUACUACUAGUAGUAUUUGAUUUGUUUUAAUCAUAUUCGAACCGGUCGGUCCAACCAAUCACAUA